CGCACGCCACUUCCCAAUGGAAAAAAAAUCUGCUCCUUAGCAAUCAUGAUGGCGAUAUUGAAACAUCUCCAUGAUGUGUCAGCCUUAUCCUGCUGGAGCCUUUUCCCAGGAUGAAUUCCCUAUGCCUUGUCUCUUCCUUGUUAUCGCCUUCUGGUCCACUUUUCCCUGUCGCCGCGCACAUGCAAAGGCAGAUAUCAGAAUCUUCGAAUCUAGUCUCUUGCCAGCUGUCCGUGCCAAUCUACUUGACACUUUGGGGUGUUGCUUGCCUCCACCACGUGCAAAUCAUGCAAAAAGCUAGGUCUUUAUCGACAGGGAGCACGCCAUUCAUUUGAUAUGAGCUCACUCCAUAUUCCAGAAGUUCCGUGCUCUUAUGACUCUUUUGUGGCUUUUUGAAUCUUCACCUCUCCUCGUCGCCCCCAAACCUUCUUUCAACCUCCUAGCAAGCACUCCUUACCUGUUGAGGGCGUGAUUCCGAAUCCUCACUGCAACUACUCCGUGUCCUUCGUCGAAUCUCAUUUUCCCCGGUCCCGAAGUCGAUGUGAUUGCUGGAAUCCUCACAUGAACCGCGACCAUAUGGCCGACGGACACCAUCUCGCGCCCGAAUCCGAGAGCAGCAGCAACAAUACCAGUUCUAAUCCAAGCCGAUCACACAGUCUCCGCGGGAAGAAUGCACAGAAAGCUUUUCACAAAGUCAAAUUUAUGACAGAUGCUCAUGGGGAGGAGGACGAUGCCGCACAGCUAGAGAACCGUCGCAGGAGGAGUAUCCCCGAGAUACGACUUGCAGAGUCAGAAGAUGUCGCCGACAAUCCCAUCAGCCCACCCCCUUCAGAUUAUGUAGGACGGACAAAUGCUGCUGCUGCUCUGGCACAGAGCCGUGCCAGCCGACUAGCCCAAAGAUUGAGCAACUCACAUGUCGGCGCUGGCAAGUCGAACUCCGGGUCGAACACUCCUCUGAUGGGAAAUCAACAAGGUUAUGCAUCACCCAACACUUCUCCGCCGACUAAGCCACUGCGCGACUGGCUUGUUAACAUUGACGACAUCCCAAUGGCCACCCUUGAUAAGGACAAAAGGCCAUAUACGAUACACGACACGACGACCGAUGAUGACGAUUCCGAUAUCGAGAAACCCAAACCCCUCAAGCGCGAUGAUGAAAAUGUCGCAGAAGCAAGACGUCUUCUUAGGACAUUGACCAACGGCCACACCCACGGCCAUCAUGACUCGAGAUGGCAGGCUCAACCAAGGUCAGGCACAGAAACGCCGGCCGUUGAUAAAAAUUUGCACGACGUGGAUUACGUCCCGCCUCCCGAUGACUAUCGUCCCGGCGUCUUCGGCGCCAUUCUUUCUUCCAAGCUUGCUGACCUGCAACGUGGUGGUGUCACUCAUCCGAAAUACCAGGACGACAUCUUCUCACACGAGGAUGGCAGGAAUGGCCCAAGAGAUAGCCUCCCUGACCAUUCUCGAGCAAAUUCGGAUACGUAUGACUCCUCCCGCGCGUCUUCGGGCGGGGCGACUCCUUCAGGCAGAUUGACUCCCUCUAAAAGACCCAAGUGGUACGACAAAUCUGCGAAUCAUUCCAUGACAUCAAUGGCCACCCUGGUAGCAUCUGCAUCCGCAGCCUCAGCAGCACCUGCAGUCCCAGGGACUAGCGCUCACGUCCCACGGCCGCAACGGCCACACCUACCCCGUUCAAAAUCAUCCAGCAGCAUGAUAGCCACUGCUGUGGACAUGAUCAAACACCCAGGAAAUCACUUCAACCAUAAAUCCGAACAGAUACUACGAGCCGAAGAAGAACGCGUCAUCCACGACGUAGCCGAGAUCAUUGCCUGCCGCAAGUACCUCAAGAAACUUGCUCGAUGUUUGAUGGCCGUGGGCGCCCCUUCUCAUCGUCUCGAAGAGUACAUGAAAACUUCGGCACGAGCCUUGGGCAUCGACGGCGACUUCCUGUAUCUGCCAGGGUCCAUGCUGGUCUCGAUCAACGACAGAGUUACUAUGAGCACCGAGGUCACCUUGGUCCGAGAAACGCAGAACGUCGAUCUCGGAAAAUUCAAGGACGUCUUCGAGGUGUACAAAUGUGUGAUUCAUGGGAAAUUGACUGCGCAAGAGGGCCUCGACGAGCUCGAAGACAUUUUGAGGAGUCCUAAACGAAUCAGGACGAUUUUCCAGAUUCUGGCGUUCGGCAUUGCCGCCAUCUCAGUUGGACCGUUUGCUUUCUCUGCCCGGCCUGUCGACUUUGGGCCAAGUUUUAUCCUUGGUUGCACAUUGGGCUUCUUACAGCUUGUCGUGGUAACCCGUUCAUCACAGUUCUCACACGUCUUCGAGGUGCUGGCCACCGUCAUCAUAUCUUUCGCCGCUCGGGGUCUAGGCUCGAUUUAUCACAACGGCCACCCUGUUUUCUGCUUUUCCGCAAUCGCCCAGAGCAGUAUUGCAUUGAUCCUGCCUGGAUACACGGUACUCUGUGCAGCUCUGGAGUUGCAAAGCAAGAACCUCGUUGCCGGUUCUGUGAGAAUGGUUUACGCAAUCAUCUACUCAUUGUUUCUUGGGUUCGGAAUUUUGAUCGGGACAGUAUUAAUGGGAGUCAUGUAUGAGGGCGCUCAAAGCUCCGUGACUUGCGACACGCCUGACUGGUGGGAUACGAGCGUGCCCAGCUACAAGCUGAUCUAUGUCAAGUUCAUAUGGGUGCCCAUAUUUGCUGUCUGCUUAGCGAUCAUCAACCAAGCGAAAUGGCGCCAAGUGCCCGUCAUGACUCUUAUUGCCAUGGCGGGUUAUCAAGCGAACUUCUGGGUGUCUCAACACCUGUCAAACAACAUCCAAGUCGCCAAUGCCAUCGGCGCCUUCGUGAUCGGAUGCAUGGCGAACUUGUACAGCCGAUUUUUCCGCGGCCUCGCCGCUGCAGCCAUGUUGCCCGCCAUCUUCGUCCAGGUGCCCUCGGGCCUUGCGGCGAGCGGGAGUCUCGUAGCCGGAAUCACGAGCGCAAAUCAAAUCACACACAAUGCCACGGGGAUCAGCGUCAUCAACAACGGCACGGCAGGUUUCCAGCAAGCACAGGACAGCUCCACUACAGUAUAUUCCGGGACGAUAUUCAACGUCGGGUACGGGAUGGUGCAGAUUGCCAUUGGGAUUAGCGUUGGAUUGUACUUGAGCGCGUUGGUCGUUUAUCCCAUUGGGAAGAGGAGGAGCGGACUGUUUAGUUUUUGAGCGAGCUGCAUAAGCGAAGAGUGCCCGCUACGAGUACUUGGUCUCUCUUGAUCCACUACGAUAGAGGAGACUAAUACGAGUACUCCGUAUUGAUGAAGAUCUUGACCUUUUGCCCCAAGGAUACGUCCUGUAGUUCGACACAAGAGGAUGUACGUGCGUGAUUCAUGAACGCUGACGAGCGACGACAAACAAAAGCCUGCAGCUAAACCAGCUAUCGUACGAGUAGGAUUCUUGACUAGUUUACCUGGUUGGUCACCUCAAGAAGGACUCGCGGUAUCAGGCCGGGCGACUCAACGACGGAGUACUAAGCUUCCUGUAGUGUCUGGGGUAGCUUCUAGUGCUUUUGUAGGCAGCUCGGCUGCCGAAAUUCUUCACAAAUCUCUAGUAGUCGUAGUCGAGUAUUCAAACAGGACACGUGCGGCUGCUUGUGCCGUCUACUUGUCCAGAGCGCGCGCAUAAC